AUGCCUCCUCCUCCUCCCCGCCGCCGCCGCCUCCUCCCGCCCUCCGCCGCCGCGCUCUUCGACGGCGCCGGCACCGGCGCCCUCCGCCGCUCCUACCUCCGCCUGAUUGCGCUCUCCUCCACCCUACGCCACCUCGACCAGAUCCUCGCCGUCUCCCUCGCGUCCGGCCACUACCCGCUCGACCCCGCCCCGGCCACCUCCCUCCUCCUCCGCUACGCCUCCCUCCGCGCCCCUCCCGGCCACCUCACCCGCCUCUUCCGCGCCUUCCCGCGCCCCGACCGCUUCCUCCGCAACGCGCUGCUCCGCUCCCUCCCGUCGUUCCGCCCCGGCCUCCUCUUCCCCUGCCCCGACUCCUUCUCCUUCGCCUUCGCCGCCACCUCGCUCACCAGCUCGUGCUCCCAUGGCAGCGGCGUCGCUUCGUCCGCCUCAGGUCCCGCAGCCCGCGCGCUGCACGCGCUCGCUGUGGCUGCGGGCUACGCCGCGGACACGUUCGUGGCGUCCGCGUUGGCCAAGCUGUACAUCGUGCUCUCCAGAGGCGACCAUGCACGCAAGGUGUUCGACAUGGUGCUGUCACCGGAUACCGUCCUAUGGAACACGCUGCUGGCUGGGUUUUCCGGUUUUGAGGCCGUGGAUUUGUUUGUGAGGAUGGUGACUGCAGGGUCUGUGAGGCCCGACGCGACCACUCUGGCAUCUGUCCUACCAGCGGUGGCGGAGGUGGCAGAUGUAGCAAUGGGAAGGUGCGUGCACGCCUUUACAGAGAAGUGCGGGUUGGCGGAGCAUGAGCAUGUUCUGACUGGACUGAUCUCACUGUAUGCCAAGUGCGGACAUGUGGAAUCCGCACGGUGUCUCUUUGACAUGAUGGAGAAGCCAGAUUUGGUUGCCUACAAUGCUUUGAUCUCUGGCUAUUCAGUGAAUGGCAUGGUUGGUUCAUCACUUGAUCUGUUUACUGAGUUGGUGACCUUGGGGUUGAGGCCAAACUCGAGCACACUGGUGGCACUGAUCCCAGUGUACAGUCCAUUUGGGCAUGAGCUGCUUGCUCAAUGUUUACAUGGAUUUAUCCUCAAGUCCGGGUUUAAUGCCAGUUCUCCAGUAUCGACAGCAAUUACCACUUUGUACUGUAGGUUAAAUGAUAUGGAGUCUGCAAGGAAGGCCUUUGAUGCAAUGGCAGAGAAGACCAUGGAAUCAUGGAAUGCAAUGCUAUCAGGGUAUGCUCAGAAUGGCUUGACGGAGAUGGCAGUUGGACUUUUUGAGCAAAUGCUGGCACUUAACGUGCGGCCAAAUCCAAUCACCAUUUCGAGCACCCUUUCAGCAUGUGCACAGCUCGGAGCUUUGUCCCUGGGAAAGUGGGUGCAUAGGAUUAUCGCUGAGGAGGACUUAGAGCCGAAUGUCUAUGUCAUGACAGCACUCAUUGACAUGUAUGUGAAGUGUGGAAGCAUUUCUGAAGCUCGGAGCAUCUUCAACAGUAUGGAUAACAAGAAUGUGGUCUCAUGGAAUGCGAUGAUAGCUGGAUAUGGCCUCCAUGGUCAAGGUUCUGAGGCUUUGAAGCUCUAUAAGGGCAUGCUUGAUGCAAACCUUCUUCCAACAAGCGCUACCUUCCUGUCGGUACUUUAUGCAUGCAGCCACGGUGGUCUCGUUGAGGAAGGGAGGGAAGUCUUCCGAUCAAUGACCGAUGAUUAUGCGAUCGGUCCAGGUAUAGAGCACUGCACAUGCAUGGUGGACCUCCUUGGGCGAGCUGGCAAGCUCAAGGAGGCUUUUGAGCUCAUCUCUGAAUUUCCAAAGAGUGCCGUUGGACCUGGUGUAUGGGGGGCAUUGCUUGGUGCUUGCAUGGUCCAUAAGGAUAGUGAUCUUGCAAAACUGGCCUCCCAGAAAUUAUUUGAACUUGAUCCAGAAAAUAGCGGCUACUAUGUUCUGCUCUCUAAUCUGCACACAUCCAAGAAGCAAUACUCCGAAGCAGCUGUGGUGAGGCAGGAGGCAAAGAGCAGGAAACUGAUUAAAACACCAGGGUAUACUCUAAUCGAGAUAGGCGAGAAGCCGCAUGUCUUCAUGUCUGGCGACCGUGCCCACUCACAAUCUGAGGCCAUCUAUUCGUACUUGGAGAAGUUAACUGCAAAGAUGAUUGAGGCUGGGUAUCGACCUGAGACAGAGGCAGCACUGUACGAUGUCGAGGAGGAAGAGAAGGAGCAUAUGGUGAAAGUUCACAGCGAGAAGCUGGCAAUUGCCUUUGGAUUACUCAGCACAGAACCAGGGACCGAAAUCAGGAUCAUCAAGAAUCUUAGGGUGUGCCUAGACUGCCACAACGCCACCAAGUUCAUCUCCAAGGUGACACAGAGGCUGAUUGUGGUUAGGGAUGCUUCCCGGUUUCAUCAUUUUAGAGAUGGGGUUUGCUCCUGUGGAGAUUACUGGUGAUUCACCUGAAAUGCCUCUGGUUUCUGAGUAUAUGAUUAACUUAUUCUUUUGAGAACCGUCUCUGACUCUCUGGAGAGUAUCGAAGCACUAGGAUUAAUAACUGCAAUCGUAGAGAGCCAUUUUUCAUGGGACCGGGAGAAUUUGACAGAACUGACUGAUAAACUUAGGUAGCAGAUUCCGCCUUCAAUGUGUCGUAUUGAAACAAACACAUUUGUAAUACACCACAAAGUGAAUACAGUUGCCAAUUAGCGUUGGAUGUGAUUGACAAA